UAGUUUUGAAGAAUGGUUUAAUACACCAUUUGCAAAUGCUGGUGGUCAAGACAAAAUUGCUUUGAAUGAAGAAGAGUCUCUACUCGUUAUUCGACGACUACAUAAGGAUGUUGAAUCUGAAUUGCCAGAUAAAGUUGAACGUGUUAUCAAAGUUAAAUUAUCAGCUUUACAGAUAAAGCUCUAUCAUCAAAUGCAAAAGCAUG